UGGGUCAAUCAAUAUAUGAACCUUUUUCUCUCUCUCUCUCUCUCCUCAUACGAUACAACCCUCUUUAGUAACGGAGAUGCGCGUGUGAAAAUUCCUUUCAGUGCGCGUAAAAUUUGUCCUCUGCCCAGCCCAAAGAUGUCCGAUAAUUUAACAAUUGCUGAGAUCCCUGAGGAUCGUUUCGCCGAUGCUAUUGAUCAUUUAAAAUGGAACUUCUUCGCGGAUGAACCAUUGAAUCAUGCUGUUGGAUUAUGCAAAAAAGGAGAAUCUCAUUUCGAACUGGAGAGACAUUGUCUAUUGACUUUGAAGCAGGGAUACUCCAGGAUGCUAGUGACCGAAAAUGGAACUAUAGCAGGUAUGGCUCUAAAUGGUGUCUUGAACGAGGACGAGAGAGAUGAAGCUAGUCGACGACUGGAAGAGAUAGAUGACGAACAAUUUAAAAAGAUUUUCGGACAACUCUAUAAAGUCAACAAGAAGGUCAAUUUAUUUUGGAAAUACAACGUGCAGGAAUUAUUCGAAUGUCGUAUUUUGAGCGUCGAUGAGAAUUUUCGCGGGAAAGGUCUGGCGAACGUUUUGAUGUCGGAUAGUCUUGAAGUUGCAAGGAAAGCUGGCUUCAAGGUAUUCAAAGCCGAUGCAACUGGUAUGUAUUCUCAAAAAGUUUGUUUAAAGCAUGGCUUCCAAGUCGAAGCAGAGAUUCCUUAUACGGAUCUUCCGGAGAACAUCAGACCAGCUCCACCUCAUCAAGCUGUAAAACUGAUGGUAAAACUGUUGCAUUAGAUAGGUACCUUAUCCUAUGUAAAGUAUAUGUAUCGUUGUGACAAUAACAGUUCUUUAAUAUACUUGUUAGUGACGUAAAAAGAUGCAUAUAUGUCUAUACAGUAAUCAAGUGUGGAAAAGCUGAAACACGCAUUUUGCUUAGAACGUAUAAAUCAAUAAUCCAAAAAAAUCGGUUACUGCCCCUGGUCUAUGUGUUCCAAGCAAAGUUAUAAAAAUUAUAAACUCAACGAUUCUAAUAACAACUAUUGACGAUCGUUUUUACAUUUUGUUGAUUCAGGAACAACGUUAAAAAAAUUGAUUCCAAUUCUGCUUAACAAAGGGGUUGCGUAUGUAAAAUGUCUAUAUAUAUAUACAUAUAUAUAUAAUAAAAUAUCUAUAUAUGAAUCUGUUAAAUAUUAUAAGAGAUUAUAUCAUAAUGAUGUAUACAUCACUAAAGACAAUAGUCUGAUGGAAAGUUAUAAUAUAUAAGCAUGUAAUGAAAAAUUAUUUGUUUUCUAAUGUUUUCUAAUACGAAAACGAAAGAAACAGUAUAUAACGUUUAACGUUUCGAAAAACAAACUUGCGUUUUCGUUGCAACCAUUGGUGAAGCACGAGACACAGAACGUUUACAUGAUCUGUACAUUUUAUCUCUCGAACAAAACGAAAAAUUUAAUGUACAGUAAGAUAUACGAAUACAAAAACGAAUUACGAUAUGACGGGUCCACUUGCAAAUAAUUAUACAAAUUAUGAAAAAUGGUAUUUUUGUCGGUGUCACGUGUUAUGAGAAAUAUAUACGUUAUUUUGUAAGAAUAUCCGCCAAAUAAAGUUUAUAAUAAUUUA